AUGGUUAUGUUCUGUAUCACGUUAAAUUUCAAACUUGCCAAAAUUAAACUAUUUAAAGACGCUUACCUAGAAGAAAAAUGGCUGUUGCCCAAGCUCCUCCCGCUUAGCUUGAAGGAUAAAAUGUCUUAUGCUUAUAUAUUUAUUGUCAUGGAUGCAUGCCUGAUUGAAUUCAAGGAAGAAAUCUCUAAGCGUUUCAAGUCCCACACUGAUCAGCUUGUGUUGAUAUUUGCUGGGAAAAUUCUGAAAGAUCAAGAUACUUUGACUCAGCAUGGAAUUCAUGAUGGACUCACUGUUCACCUGGUUAUCAAAACACAAAACAGAUCACAAGACCACCCCGCUCAACAAACAAACACCACUGGGAGUACUGCUACCACAUCAACAUCAAGCAGUAGUACCUCAACACCACCUUCCACAAAUAGUAACCCUUUUGGCUUGGGUGGCCUCGGAGGUUUGGCGGGUCUGAGUAGCCUGGGCUUAAAUACAUCAAACUUUUCAGAGUUGCAAAGUCAGAUGCAACGGCAACUUAUGUCCAACCCAGAAAUGAUGGUUCAGAUAAUGGAAAAUCCAUUUGUUCAGAGCAUGCUUUCAAAUCCUGACCUGAUGAGGCAGUUAAUUAUGGCUAACCCUCAAAUGCAACAACUGAUACAGAGAAAUCCAGAAAUCAGUCACAUGCUGAAUAAUCCAGAUAUAAUGAGACAGACACUAGAACUUGCUAGAAACCCUGCAAUGAUGCAGGAAAUGAUGCGAAACCAAGACCGAGCCCUGAGCAACCUUGAAAGUAUACCAGGUGGCUACAAUGCCUUGAGACGUAUGUACACAGAUAUUCAGGAGCCAAUGUUGAAUGCAGCACAGGAACAGUUUGGAGGCAACCCAUUUGCUUCUUUAGUAAGCAAUGCAUCAGUAGGAGGGGACAGUCAGCCAUCUCGUACAGAAAAUAGAGAUCCUCUACCAAAUCCCUGGGCUCCUCAGUCCAGUUCGCAGACUUCCACGACAAGUACCAGCACUGGUGGUGAGAGCUGUGACAGUAGUAGUGCUGGAAAUAGCACCUCUGGCAGUACAGGGCAGAGCUCAACUGUACCAAAUUUGGGACCUGGACUAGGAGCUGGUAUGUUCAACACACCAGGAAUGCAGAGCUUAUUACAGCAGAUAACAGAAAACCCACAGCUUAUGCAGAAUAUGUUGUCUGCACCCUAUAUGAGAAGCAUGAUGCAGUCAUUAAGCCAGAAUCCUGAUCUUGCAGUACAGAUGAUGUUGAAUAAUCCUUUAUUUGCUGGAAAUCCCCAACUUCAGGAACAAAUGAGACAACAACUUCCUACUUUCCUUCAGCAAAUGCAGAAUCCUGACACAUUAUCAGCUAUGUCAAACCCUAGAGCAAUGCAGGCUUUGCUACAAAUUCAGCAGGGCUUGCAGACACUAGCAACAGAAGCACCGGGGCUUAUACCAGGAUUUAAUCCUGGUUUAGGUGGACUGGGAAGUACUGGAGCUCCUACAGGGUCUGCUGUACCUAGUUCUGUUACCAGUGAAAAUACAAGUCCAGCAUCAGGAACUGCUGAAACUGGUCACCAGCAGUUUGUCCAGCAAAUGUUGCAGGCACUUGCUGGUGCAAAUGCUCAGCAGUUACAAAAUCCAGAAGUUCGAUUUCAGCAACAACUGGAGCAGCUGAGUGCAAUGGGCUUUCUGAACCGUGAAGCAAACUUACAAGCGCUAAUAGCAACAGGAGGAGACAUCAAUGCAGCUAUUGAAAGGCUGCUUGGCUCUCAGCCUUCAUAGCAGUGUUUCUUUAACUUGAAAAAAUGUAAUUUAUUUUUGAUAACAGCUCCUAAAUCUUUAAAAUAUUUGCUUUAUUUCAUUCUGACUCUUGGGAUUGUCUUGUUUCAACUAAAAUCAGUCUGAUGCAUUUAAGGUGGAGUGCAGUAGUUUUCUUCCAACAGUGGGAAUCAAUGCAUUUUCACUUUGUUGCAUGCAUCACACUUCUUUUGUUCUGCAUUAUUUGUGAUUUUUUGGAAACAGUAUCAGCUUUCACAGUUGGUUGAACAGGUUUUGUCUGACCUACAACUGUCCAAUUUAUUUACUACUUAAACAUUAGUCUUCAGUAGUAAUUUAUGUAGAAUACAAAUUAAAAAAGAAACAAAUUAAUUGAAGCUACGAUUUGUGGGUACCAAUACUGCUUAUUGUGAUUUUGGCAUGGGUUUUUUUUGCUAGCAAAAUGCUGUAAGAUUUAUACCACUUGUGUAAUCUACCAUUUUUUGCUUUAAUUUGUAUAAACACAGUAUAUACAAUGGAGACAGCUCAUUUCUAG